GCUUUCCCCGGAGCGGGCAGUCACAGCUGCAGGGAAGCUUUCGACUGGAAACAUGGCCACUGACUUCGGCAGCUGGGGAGAGCCAGCCUCCUUUAGAUGAACUGCAGAAAGAACCACUGGGAUGCAUAUCAAGAAAAAGCAGAUCAGAGGCUAAAUGUAGCUUUUGGACAGUAUGAAACAGAUAAGUUUUUGAGAGCUACUGCUGAGCAGAAAAAUGUCUUUGAACGUGGUGCCGCCUCAGGAUCCAGAAUGAUGAACCAAAGCUUGUCGCCUCUAAUUGUGGAGUAUGAUAAGCAUUUAGAAGAAAUGAGUGAACAGCUGCAGCUUUAUCAGGCACAGAUGGGUGAGAUGAAACUAAAAUUUGAAGAAGUCACCAAGGAAAAUGAAAGGCUGCAUGCAGAGUUGAAAGAGGCUGUUGAGAAGCACCUGGAGGCGCUUCCUUCUUUCAUGCUUAUGGGGACUGAUAUUUCUGCAGAUGAAGAAAUAGUGAGAAACCUUCAAGAACAACUACAGCUGGCCAGUCAAGAAAAAGAACAAGCACUACAGCUCUGGCAGACUGUAUCACAGGAACUUGAUCGACUCCAGCAGCAGUACCAGGAACACAUGACUGAAACACAGAUUCAUGUGGCUGAAAGGCAAAAGCAGAAAGAUCAGCUGACUGGCUUUCAACAGCUGACUCAGCAACUGCAUGUAGCCAAUGAGAAAAUAGAGUUGAGCAAUCAACAGUUUCUGAAAGCAGUAACAGAACAGAAUGUGGAACUAGAGCAGCUACGCAAACAACUGAGGCAAGCUAAAAUAGAUGGGCGGACAGCAACUGCUAAGGUUGAUGAAAUGACCAGAUUGAUGGAAAAGCUUCAAGGCCAAUUGGAGAGAAAGGAGGAAGACAUGGUAUCUGCUCAGCAGAGAGAAGAAGCAUCUGACAAACGCCUGCAGCAAAUGCAGUCUAGUAUAAAACAAUUAGAAACAAGAUUACGUGUUACUGUCCAAGAUGCUGAACAGCUGAGAACAGAAAGAACAGCCCUGGAGAAACAGAUCAGAGAGCUUCAGACAAAAUGUGCUAGUCUAGAAAAGGAGAAGUAUAAUGCUGUUACAAAAGUCAGAGAUAGCAUACAGCUUUUAGAAGAAGCUAACCUACAAAAAAGUCAGGCACUGUUUGGGGAAAAACAAAAGGAAGAGGAAAUCAAAAAGAUGAAAGAUGAAAUGUCCCAACUUGCAGAAGAUAUCGCUGCAAAAAUUAGAAAGGCAGUAGACUCUGCAAAGAAGCAGUAUAAUGUACAGAUUUCUCGACUAACAGAAGAACUUUCUGCUCUUCAGAUGGAAUGUGGAGAAAAACAGAGUCAAAUUGAACGGGUCAUUAGAGAAAAGCGAGCAGUGGAAGAAGAACUUGAAAAGAUUUACCGGGAAGACAGAGGACAUGAAUCUGACAAUAGAAAACUAGAGCAACUGCAUCAAAAAUACCUACUUGCAGAAUGUACAAAAGGUGACCUUCAGCUGAGUCUACAGACAACACAGAAUAAACUGAAGCAAUUGGAAAUGAACUCUGAGGAAGAGAAAUCUCGUUUCCAGGAAAUGAUCUGUAAAUUGCAAAGAAUUCUGGAUUCUGAAAGAGAAAAGAGUGGCUUUGUCAGUGAACAAAGGCUAAAACUUCAGCAAGAGAAUGAAGAAUUGCAAAAAGAAAUGGAGGGCCUAAGAAAACUGGCCGUGGAGGCUCAACAAAAAGCUAAAAUAAAGAUAAGCACAAUGGAACAUGAGCAUUCUGUGAAGGAACAUGGAUAUGAAGCUCGACUUAAAGAAAUGGAAGACAGCAGUCAAAAAUCUACUGCAGAACUGAGACGUCUCUUAGUAGCUCAGCAAAAAGCAACAAAUCGGUGGAAAGAAGAAACAAAAAAUCUUACUGAAACUACAGAAGUCAGGAUCAGUAAGCUAAAAAGUGAACUGAGUCAACAGAAACUUCGCACCCAAGAGCUCCUUUCUCAGCUGGAAAUGGCAAAUGAGAAGGUAAUUGAGGAUGAAAAAUUAAUGAUGGAAUAUCGAGAAUACAUCAAUAGGCUUCAAAGACGACUAAGCCAGGCGGAGCAGAGGGCAGCUACAGCAUCUCAAAAGGUCUGAAAAAAAUCCACUACAGAAGCAGCAAGAAAAUACCAAAGAAGAGCACAGUCCUUCCCUCUCUACUUGUAACUAACUGACAGAAAACAUUCCAUCUCUCACUUGCCAUGAGAAUAAGCUAGUUGUAAUACUUUCACGCUGGUACCACACUGACCUUUACCACAAAAUCAUGCCACACAGACACUUGUGUAACUGAAAAAGCUGUGCUACUACAAAUAACCAUUUCCCCUUGCAAAGUCAGUUUAGCACAAGAAUUUCUAUACUCUUAAAUAACUGCAGUGAAGUGUAGGCUUCGGAUAUUCAGCUUCUGGUCCAGUUCCCAAUACUUAACAUUACUGUGACAUACAGAAGACAGCAACCUCUUGACAUGCAUUUUAAGGAGAAAAUCCUCCCUCCAGCUCUCACUGUGAAUAACUCAGCCACAAACUCCACAAAAUGAAGAAGAAAAAGCUUCUCGUGCUCCCAGACCAGAAGAGAAGAGAAACACAACACAACUUCCCUUACUGACAGGUAAAUCCUUGUGGCAGUGAGCAGUGUGUUUCCUACUCUGCAGCUGAAAGACAGCGAGAGGGAACAUCCAAAAUUCUGCUGGUGAACAGAAGAGAAAUUUGCUCCGCAGCCCAGAAACAUUACACUGGCAAACCAGGUGAUGACAGGGCUGAAAACCAGAGGGUUUUAGACCAGUUUGCCACAGCACUAAAUUCUAUCCUCAUGAUUGCUAUCGCUUUAUAAAAAGCCCUUAGAGAUAUGUCACUGACUGCACAUUUAGAAGGAUUAAAAGAAGGGAAUCAAGGGAUUGGAGUUUAGUUUCAGAUGUUUAUAUUCGUUUUUUUUAAAGAAAGAAUAUACAUUUUCAAUACCCAAAGCAUUUCAGCAGAUGUCAAAGAAAACACAGGAAUUCACAGCUACAGGGACAUCAUACAACACAUGCUACAACUGCAGAUCAGGAAGUAUUUCACUUUUUAAUGUCCUUUAAGAGUAUCUGUAGAGUGCAGUGUCUGAUAAUGGCAUCCAAGUACAUGUGUUAAGACCCAAAACAUACUGCCUGGUAUGGACAGGCAGAUUUCCUGCUGUCUGCGUACAGCACAAUUGAGUUGGUCAAGAUUUAGAGAAAACAAACUGCAACAAACUACAACAAAUCAAAACACCACAUCAAAGGUAUCAAACUCAUUAAAUCCUGGCUGUUCAGAGUUUAGUGUGCGAUACCUAUGUUAAAGUUCAUGUCGGUGUGACAGAUCUCAGAUUGUUUUAAAUCAAACACCAACACCAUCCUGAGUUUAUCGAUAAAAGCCCAAAACAAGUUCCCUGCAGUCACAGUGGUAAGGGAAGGAAUCCCUCCUGAUACGCUGGCAGAGAUCAGGAAGUGCAGGGCACAAAUACAACCGAAGGCUUUUAAACAGAUACAAAUCUCUCCUGUCACCGGUAUCUGACAAACCCCACCUCAGGCCCUUCUCUGCACUCUGGACCCAGAGACAAAGACUGCUGCUGUGGUUAAGCAUCUCCUGUGACUGCUGCCGAGAGGUGCCCUUACACGCCUCUGGGUCUCUCUGGCAUGCCAGUUACACCCUGGGUAUCGUGACACUGCCCUUUGCACCACGGGAGCCUACCUGUCACAUCCCUCAGGAAGUCUGUAGUACUGACCGCUGGGGCGCAAAGGGAGAAGGACAAGGCUUCAGUCUGGGCUGUGCUAUCUCACGCCCCUGGGACCACAGGCCCACACCGGCUCUUCACCAGCCAGGAGGUUCAUGCUGGCCAGCAGACCUAGGCGUGCUGAGCUCACGUGAAGCACUCCCUGCUAGAGCACCCUGCACCUGCACAGCAAGCGGGACGCCCUGACGGCGAGCAAGCUGGUGCAGCUUCCGCCUCCAUCCCACCCAGGGGGAAAACACUCAGGGCUCAGCUGUGGUGCCCUCGGGUGGCUUCAACGGGGCUCCAAGUACAGGUACAAAUCUGCACCAGAAAGAACCCCUCCCUCCUGUGUGGUAAGUCACUAAUCUAUUCACUCCCACAGUGUAACGCUGCGGUAGCUCUCCGCUGGUUUUGGCAAUAAACAGAAAUAGAGAUAGAGGAGAUUUCUACAUUGCAUAGACAUACAAAUUAUUUUCAAUUUUUCUUUAAAGAAAGCUAAGGGGGAUUGCUGCUGUUUUCCUGAAGACAAGAUGAUUUAAAAGUUUAAGUCACCUUUCCAGUUCUUUUUGUUUGGUUUUUUUUUUUUAAAUCUCUAAGUCUAACACUGAACAGGACUAGGCCUGACUUGAGAUCUGGAAAAAAGGCUUCAGUAAGAGACUAGGUCAGAGCUGGCUGGUCUGUUUCUUUUUUUAAAAAAAGUUGUAAAUGGUCAGUUUGUGGUUUGCCCAGUCUUGCCACACAUGGGCUGCAGCCAGGUAAACCCAAAAGACUAACUAAUCCAAAAGAGGGAACUGCCAGAGUGCUGCUAAAAAAAGUCAGCAGCCUUCACCCACAUGUCCAAACCUCUUCCAUCUGGCACAGUAUCUUUUCCCUUAUCUAAACAGUGCAGUCAGAGUUCUGUGCUGAUUUAUAUCCUCCUCAGUUCCAGUGAAAUCCACUCCUGAAGCACAUCUCCUUCCAAAGAAACGGUCCUGUUCCUCCCCUGCUCUCCCACCCCCUCCCAUACAUAACACACAAGUCCUUCUGUACAAAAGGGAACAGUCAGCCCCACUGUGACAGCUCAUUCUUCCUCCUUUGAAACAGGAGCACGUGGUCGCAGAAAGGUUUGGGAGGUUAUUCAAAGAAAUCAUUGCAGAAAUUCCUCACCGUCUCAUUCCCCGAGCAGUUCAGCUGGCACAGGUUCUCCCAAGACUCCUCGCCUACCUUCUCUACACUGAGCAUAACUAGCUAAAGAGGAGGAUAUGGAUGUGUGAUGCAGAAGGGAAGAAAAAAAAAAAACACGAAGUACCAGCUGGACAAACUAUCUGAAUGGUCUGUGUGAUGAUGAGGGACCAUAAUGAUGGUAGAAUAGGAACUUUGUGUGAAUGCCCUUAUGAGAAGGGAUGCAGCAGAGAACAAAAUCGUGUGGCCAGAUUCUGAUCUGGUCUAAGCAGAUGCAACUCAGCAGUUAUGAAAGCUUAUAAAUUGGGCUCAGUCAUACCAGGUCUGGCCUCCAGUGGCUACCUCAAGUCUAAUAUCAGUAGUCUUAGAAGAUAAAACCACAUGUGAUUACUAUCUCCUCCUAUCUCUAUCAUUUCUUCCCUCCACUGCCCUCCCUACAGCUCUGUUCAAGCUUGCAAGCCUAAAAAAAAAAAAAAAAAAAAAAAAAAAAAAAAAAAAAAAAAAAAAAAAAAAAAAAAAAAAAAAAAAAAAACCUCUAAAACACAGAAAAAAGCCUCAAAGCAAACAAACAAACAAGAAUAACCCCAAACACUGCUUGCUCACCCAUUUCUUUAAACUCUUCGUUAGCAAGCUGCAACCAUGCCACAUCCACAUCAUUGAGAUCGUAGCGACACACGCUGUCUGCUAAGGUUCGAAUGUCAACAUAGCCCAGCUCUGGAGGCUCCAAACCUGAUGAAACAAUGUACUUCCUGGGACGUGUAAACGUGACAGCUUUUGUCUCAGACACAAUCCUAAAACAGACAGACAGACACAUCAGGUAUGCUGGGCUGCUAAGUGACUUGUCUCUACAGAAUUCAAAAUGUCUUAUUCUAAGUGGCUAGCAACCAUCAGCAAUCUUCUAAACGUGUCUUGUGAGAUGAGAACAGAAAACAGCAUAGUGUGCUUUUAUAAAGGAUUGGCAAGGUUACGAAAAAUUAAUUGGCUUUGUCUGGAAACCCAGUUCAUUAUCAAAAUCAUUGAUAAAAUGGAAAGAUUAGGAAAGGACAGAGCUCUGGCUACUCUUACCUGAAAUUCUUACCUGUUUCAAAGCUAGAGAAGACACAGUUUUUAAGUAGUGAUGGCUGCCAUAUACACAGAUGCUAAAUUCUGUUUUAAGAUUUCUUUUUAAUCCAUUUAACUACAGUAGCAAGAUCAAGAAAAUUCAAGAAAAAAGGUAAUAUUUGCUACUAUAUGUAAUGUUUUCUUUCUUACAGUAAAUUUCUUCUUUCAUUGUGUGUGUACCUACA